CGUGGAUUUACAGUCUUAGAAAGUAAACGAAAAGUUGAACACAAGAUAGUCUGGGGAUUCGCCUCAAUACAGCGAAAAGGCUUCUGGAUUUAAUUGGAGGGGAGGAAACCCACUAGACUAUUAUAGAAACGUUUGGCGAGUUAGUUCGUACAACCAGGUUGCAGAAGAUAUGGCCAGUGGUACUGGCCACAAUAUAAGAUGGCUGUCGGCCGUAUCAGUGUGGUUAUUUCUAGCUAUGAUUGGUGUUCUUGUAUCAGCUAAAGUUUCACUGCUCUGGUUACUCAGACUUUUUAAAUAUGAACAGAUUCAUCCUGCAACAUGGUAUCUGAUUGUCUGUAUACUAUUAGUACUACCACACCUGUGUAAUUUGUUUUACAUCAUGUGGAAUACACCAUUUAUCAGCUCAGCUAGAAAAGAAGAAUUGCCCAGAGCACCACGGUUAUUUAUGGGUUUGAUUGGGAGCAUAAUGGAAGGAAUGUCCAUCGCUAUCUUUGCCGGAGAAAUUUGUUUGGUGUUACCAGAACCCAUAUUUCUGUGUCUGCCAGCAGCUGUUUACACCAUUCCUCUAAUCAUCAGCACCUGCAAGAAUCUAAGAGCAAAUUCUAAACUAAAAGUCAAGCCAGCUAAGACCUCUUGUGCAACUAUCAAACAGUGUGUGGGAAUAUUUUUCUGUAGCUUCAACAUGUGGGCACCUUCCGCGAUUUCUGUCAUUAUUUACAUCUGGUCACCAUUUAACAUGAGUCUGCAGCAGUGUAUUUCUCUACCCAUCGUUCUUAUGGUUCUCUCUACUGUCUGGACACCCAAAAUACAGAAACUAACCGUCUGUUCUUCCAGGCAUUCUAAGCGUAACCUGGUUGCAUCUCUUAGUUACACUGUAAUCAAGAUUUGUACGAUUCCAGCAACACUAGUGGGUCUCAUGGCAUGGAGAAUAAAGGAUUUCAGAGCGAAUAUGGGAGAUUACCUUAUAACUGGAUUAUCUGGAUCGGGUGAUUAUCGGAUCUGGUUGCCGGUUGUAAUUACCUUCAUGUGUGGUAUAGUUGCGCUGCUGUUGACGGAUGCCGCAUGUAAAGUAUCCUUAACAACUCCUGGUGUACGACUUCCAGCUUUGUUAACACCUAUAGUGACAUUUUGUGUAACAAUUAUUCUUUGGGGUGAUGUCUCAACGGAAGCUAUUUGGGAAUUAUCCGGUAGAGAUUUUGUUACAUGGUCCGCUUCAGCUCUAGCUAUAUGUAUUUGGCUGGUUCCAUUUGCAAUUCCUGGAGUAGAUAUCAUCAAAGCACCAACUGCCCUGUUGAGGCCUUUUGCUGAAAACUUUUAUCACUUUAGUUGGAGUCAAAUGUUUCUUGAGCAGUCAUUGAUACUGAACUUCAAUCAUAAAGGAAUUGGGUCGUCGUCAUCUGGUUUGGAUACCGUGAUCCAAAAGUCUGAAAGUAAAAGAGUUUUUAUUUGUACCACCAUGUUCAGAGAAAGUAAGGCUGAAAUGUCCAGAUACCUAUUGAGCUUACAAAAGCUGCUCUCUUCUGAUAAAUUAAUCGACAUUAAGGUUGAAUCUCAUAUUUUUCUGGAUAAUGCCAUGGAUAACGAUAGUCUCAAUACAUACGCCUGUCAGCUUCUCACACUCCUCGUAGACACCUUUAACGUGACCCUAUCCAGCUUAGUGGCCUACAGGACACCAUACGGCUGCCAGAUUCUAUCACAUCCCAACAAAAAUUUUCCAGUCUACGUUCACGUAAAAGACGGGUCCAAAUUCAAGGUGAAGAAGCGAUGGAGUCAAGUGAUGUACAUGAAUUAUAUUCUGAAAUAUCGCUGUUCCUUUGAUGUUGACAAAUUUGAGCAAGAGAAAAACGAUGAAGAUAAAUAUCCCGUCGAUAGUAAUAAAAACGCAGCUGUGAGACUUAUUAAAAAGACGUCGUUAAGUGGCCAAUUUUUUGUUCAAACUGAACCCAACAGCCCUAGCCAGCCAGAUCAGAUUGUUGUGACCACCACAGAGGAUACUUUUGAUGACACUGGAAGCGAAGGUUCAUCUGCCAGUGGUUCUGAUGCCUACACCGUAUCCAGAGAAAGUAACGCGUCUUGUCACACAAGUGAAGGUACAGACAGUGAUGAUUCUGACCUUUUCCUCUUCAGAACAUAUCCAGGUCGUGGAAAGAACACACUAUCCGUACCAGGAACACGAGGAGUCAAGAAACAGGUUUUGAUGAAGAAUGUCCUCGGCGCUGAAUUAAACAGCAUCCACGAUGGAAUGGAAAAACACAAUCUGGUCUGGGCCAAUCGCAAAACUCUGUACCUUCCAGCUUCAGAUGAAAUUGAACAAAUGAAUGUAGAAAAUGCGGACACCGUAUUUACAUUGACCGGCAAACCCGUGGACGAACCAGUGUAUAUAUUGGCAACAGACGCGGACACUGAGUUCAGCGCUAAGAGUGUUAGCACGUUAGUGGAGCUUUGUGAACGAGAUCAUUCCCUUGGUGCUGCUUGCGGUAGAACAAUUCCAAUCGGACGACAGAGGCCUAUGGUAUGGUACCAAAAAUUCGAAUACGCUAAAGAUUUUUGGUUAGUUAAAGCGUCACAAAAUAUUAUUGGUUCGGUUACAUGUUGUCCAGGUUGCUUCAGUUUGUAUCGAGCUCGAGCUCUAGCAGAUGUUUUGAAUACUUUCCAAGAACCCAGUAACUCAGCUUUUGAUGCUCUCGUUAAAGACCAUGGUGAAGAUCGUUGGUUGUGUACACUGAUGAUGUUACGAGGAUGGAAACUAGAAUACAUUGAUCACUGUCGAAACUCGACUCACUGUCCAGAAACAUUCAUGGAAUUCCUUGGACAAAGACGACGAUGGGUUCUCUCAGAAUUAUCCAAUAUGGUACUAAUCUUCAAAAAUUUGAGGAAACUUGUUCGAAGCAAUAUGGCAUUUUCUUCUGUUUUUAUCCUCUCUCUGCUGCAGAUGUUUUUAUGGGUUCUGAUAUCGCCUUCAACGACUCUUCUGGUCAUGUUUGUUGCUUGUGAUGCUAUUUUUGGUCUGCCUUUGGUUUGGUCUGUACCAAUAUCCUUUAUUGUUUUUGUUGCUUAUUGUGUGCUGUGCUGUAUUGGGUCUCCGAGGAUACAGAAAAUAGCAACAGGGGCGAUGUUAUGUCUUUCUGUCAUUUUAAUGAUAACAGUCAGUGUGGGUUUUGUCUACUUUAUGGCGAUGAGUAUUAAAGAAGAUGUUCGUGAUGGCUAUAUUGAAUUCCGACCUUACUUUUUGAUACCGUUGUUGAUAGGAGGAGUAGUCUACGCUGCUCUCAUCCAUCCUGGUGAAUGGUUAAAUCUGAUUUAUGGCUUGAUGUACGCUUUUCUCUUUCCUGCCAUGUUUAUCAUUCUACCUAUCUAUGCUGUGGCUAAUAUUGUGGAUCAGUCCUGGGGAACACGAGAACUGCCAAAGAAAUCAGAGAAACCCAAUAAAAAGAACAACUUCAAUAGUAUUGAAGAGCUGGUUGAUGAUAACGGGGAGAGCGAUGUAACGAUAAUUAGACCCAAAAAUCUUCAAACUAUGGCAGAAACUGGCUCUACUGAAUUGAAGGAAGAAAGUCUUUUUUGGGAGAAACUACAGAACACCGUUCUCGGUACUGACGUAAACCAAGGCAAGGAUAAGGAAACGUUGCAGCGUCGUCUUUUCGUUUUACGUAAUCGAUGUGUUUUUGCAAUGGUUCUUCUAAACACAUUUUGGUUUUCGAUAUUAACCACAAUUUAUGUGUUAAUAGACACUGAUGUUAUUUGCUAUAUUUUGGCGGGAAUUUUUAGUUUUUCGCUUCUGGUACAACUUGUUGGUAUGACAUCAUACAGAUUGGACAAUGCUUUAAGACGUUAUGUUUUAAGAAAACUUUGUUCGUCACAACCAACGUGGAUAAAAGCAAGACACUGAAGGGAGUCGUGCUUACAAAAACAAUUUGGUGUCUCUAACUUUCAUUUUGAUUCGUUUCAAAAUGGAUCCAUCUAAAUGGUGGAAAAGUGCGUUGAACGUAACGUAUGCGUAAACGCACAGAAUGGUGAUGAUGAAGUCUCAGACUGGGCAAUCAAAACUGUGAUUAGGGAGUGACGUGUUGUGAUUCUAUACGUGUAGUUUAGAGAAAAUAUUACACAACUUGAAUGUUUUUAGUUCUAUGAAUGGCUAGCUUGUGGAUUUUGAUAGAAAGAAAAAUAAGCUGUCUCCUGGAAGAUUAAGAUAAAUUCGUCAAAAAUAAUGUAUAUCUAGUCUAUAAUAUAUUAAUUUAAUUUCUUGUAAAUGUCGUACUCCUUACUUAAUAUUUAAGAGUAGCCUGGCUCCAUAAAUAGAAAUGUCUUCCAGACUUAUAUUAUUAUGGGUCAAAUAUAGAUCACAUUUUAGCUGCACAUUAAUAAUGUAACGUUCCGGGUCAUUUUAGCUUAAGUAAAACCAGUGACAUAAAUAUCGUUAGGCCAAUACACAACGGCGCUUUAGGGUGGUUUUGCCGAUAGCGCGAGUCGCGAUUUUCAUUUGGUCGACUACAUAAAGGCAAUAUAGCAAUGGCGACUGGUCAUUUUUCAGUCCUGGUCCACUAGAAAAUGAACAAGAAAAUGAAAAAUGACGCGCAAAUAACUGGCCACGUGACACUUAUGAGGAAGGUCUAGUGCAAAUGACAAAACAAAUAAAUAUGAAAAUAUCUGCCACAAAAUUCCACCGCUGGCGAUCUUGUUGGCUGCGUGAUGCCGCUUGCUGUAUUGUUCACACAUGGUUCUUCCACCAGUGCCUUCUUGCCUUGGGGUUAUAUGUCAAAUUUAAUAGUUAAAUUACAUGCAUAAUUGGCCAUCUAUGACUUACAAAAUAACUACUGUUAAAAAUGGAUGGAAUUAAAAGUUAGAAGCCGUGUUAGUAAACUUUACACCACAUAGCUAAUAUUUUUAAAAUGUAACGCUUUGCAAGUGUGACCCAAAUGAAAGAGCUACACCCAACAGGUGUUUACAACCGCCGAUUUCAUGACUACUGAACUACUGAAUAGUUGUAAUUGUAGACGUUACAGGGUGUUUUGGGUGAACUACACCCCUAUCAAAUGGUGUAAUUAGUAUUGGGGAAUAAAUCCUAAACCAUAGUGUCAAUAUUACAUCGUUUACUGGGUUGCAAAAGUGUAAUCCGUAUGCACAACUACUGAACACCUCAAUGGGUGUAAUUGUAGUCGUUAAUGGUUGUUUUGGGUGAGCUAUCCCCCCCCCCCACCUCUCCAGGGGUGUAUACUGCAUUUACAUCAACAGGUGUAAUUAUUAUUAGGGAAGUAUUCCUCUUAAUAAGACGGUGUCGAUUUUACACCGUAGGUUGAGUCGCAAUAGUCUUUGUAUACUGCAGUUUGGGUGUUUUUGUAAAAUAUGGCAUUAACGACAUCAGUAACACAGGUAUAACUAGUUUUCAAGUGUUUUACUCUUAAAGAAUACAAGUCUUCCAAAAUAUUAUCAUGUAUUAUAAUCUAAAUUUCUUUUCUUUUUCGCGUGUAAAUUUGUAAAAUGUUCCAUAAUAUUACCGCGUAAUAUAUCUUAAUUAAUUAUUCUUAAUCGGUAUGACCACAUUAUUCACUAUGUCGUAAUGAUAUGUGUAUUGAUUUUUCAUCAAGAUUUAUAUUCAUUGUAAAUUUAUACAGAUUGUCUAAUUGGUGAACAUCAGAUACAUUUGAAUCAGUCUGGUGGAUAUUUGUAAAUUUAGAGUCGUUUUCAAAUAAUUCGAAUUGUUUUCAAUAAAAAAAAUACACCAGCAUGGGCGUAAUAAUUAAUAUGGAAGUGUUAAUUAUAAUACACAUGUAUUGAGGUGUAAACUAUUUAAGUGUAUAAUUACGCUGCUUGAGUGAAACGUGGUGUAUUAGUUUACACCACUAAAUGUGAGACGUUACACUACUAGUUGCCACCUGAAUUAAGUGUAAUGUUAUAUACUAUUUUGAAUGUAACACUCCUCCCAAUAAGGUGUUAUCGGUUUACACUAUUACAGGUUUGGAGUUACCCUAUUUUAGGUGGCAACUAGUUGCCAUCGGCAUGGUGUAAACUACCUUAUUAUUUUUAAGUGUAGGCUACAUAAUAUACUUCCGAAAGCGAGCUUUAUAUAACAUAUAGUGGUUAAUUGGUGGCACUGCACAAUAUAAAUCUUUCAACUAUUUUCCAAUGUUCACGUGGUUGCUUUUAUUUGUAUAUUUUACUAUCCUUUAUAAUAAUAGCGUAUGUAAAUUUGUAUAUAUAUAACUAUGUAUAACAUAAACACAGAUUGUUAUUAGUAGAUUAAUAAUAUAACAGUUAAAAAAGUU